AUGAAGAAAUGGUGGAUAACAUGUCUGCAACUUGCUGAGCUUUUCGUGAGUUCUAUGGUUCAUUUGGGAUAUGGUUUCUACAUAUUCAGCACAGCUGUGGCUGGUGACCUCUCUCAGAUCUUGACCGAUUAUUUUGUCCUUGGGAAAACUGGGCUUAGAGUAGAGGAUUCAAAGGGCACAACCAGCGCUAUCAAUCUGCCUCCCAUUGUGUUGGUUCAUGGAAUCUUUGGUUUCGGAAAAGGGAGAAUGGGAGGGCUAUCUUAUUUUGGUGGAGCUGAGAAGAAGGAUGGUAGCAUCCUUGUGCCUGAUUUGGGGUCAUUGACUAGUAUUUAUGAUAGGGCUCGUGAACUGUUCUACUAUUUGAAAGGAGGUCAGGUUGAUUAUGGGGAAGAACACAGCAAGGCUUGCGGGCAUGCACAAUUUGGAAGAAUUUAUGAAAAAGGGCAUUACACUGAGUGGGAUGAGGAUCACCCUAUUCCCUUCGUCGGCCAUUCGGCUGGAGCACAGGUAGUCCGAGUUUUGCAGCAAAUGCUUGCUGAAAAGGCAUUCAAGGGUUAUGAAAACACGUCUGAGGAUUGGGUCUCAAGUUUAACUUCUUUGUCUGGAGCACUCAAUGGGACCACAAGAGCUUACCUAGAUGGAAUUCAGCCUGAAGAUGGGAGGUCCUUGAAGCCCAUCUCUCUACUUCAGAUUUGCCGCAUUGGAGUCAUAAUUUAUGAUUGGUUAGACAUUCCCUGGCUAAAGGCCUACUACAACUUUGGGUUUGAUCAUUUCAACAUCUCUUGGAAGAAAAUUGGCGUUAGAGGUCUUCUUGAUUGUCUCUUGGACAAUGCUGGUCCCUUUGCUUCUGGAGAUUGGAUUCUCCCAGACCUUACAAUCCAAGGCUCUGUCAAAUUGAACACCCACUUGUCUACAUUCCCAAAUACAUACUACUUCAGUUACGCCACAAAUUGCACUAGGAAAAUCAUUGACGUUACGAUUCCUUCUUCUUUACUUGGAAUACAUCCCUUGCUAUUUAUUAGAGUCCUACAAAUGACCCAAUGGCAACAUCCUUCUCAUGUUCCUCUCCCUUGCAAAGGUUACAGGGACGAAGACUGGUGGGACAACGAUGGAGCGUUGAACACGAUAUCCAUGACCCGUCCUUUUUUACCAGUCGAGCAUCUAAGUCAGUCUGUCGCAGAAGGUUCUGAAUGCCAACAUCUGCAACCAGGCAUCUGGUACUAUAAGAUCGUGGAAGGUGAUCAUAUUAUUUUCAUUCUCAACCAGGAGAGAGCUGGAUUGCAAUUUGAUUUGAUAUAUGACAACAUUAUUGAGCGCUGUCGGAAACAUGUUUUUAGGAGGAUCCCAAUUGUUGAGUACGUCUCAUAUAAGGAAUAGGAGCAUAGUUGAAUUG